ACAAAAACAAACACAAUAUUUAAAAUGGAAUACACCACCAAGACUCAAAUCUACCAGAAGGUGAAGAAGCCUCUGCUGGAACGUCAACGUCGGGCUCGCAUCAACAAGUGCCUGGACACACUAAAGACACUUGUCGCCGAAAUGCGGGGCGAUGAUGGUAUACUGCGAUUGGACAAGGCCGAAAUGUUGGAAUCAGCUGUGAUCUUUAUGCGUCAAGAGAAGGCUAAGAAACUGACACAAACACCAGCAACAGCAGCAGCAGAACCAGCUACUACACUACCCCUGGAUAGCUUCCGUCAUGGUUAUAUGAAUGCAGUCAAUGAAGUGUCACGUGUCAUGGCCUCUACACCUGGCAUGAGUGUUGAUCUGGGCAAAUCAGUGAUGACUCAUCUGGGACGCAUCUACAAGAACCUGCAGCAAUUCCACGAAGCACAAGCAACAGCAGCAGUCACAUCAACAGCAGCAACAACGACAACACAAACAAUGUCGGAGUGCCCCCUGAGCCCUGCUUCAUCUGGUUAUCAUAGUGAUGAUUGCUACGAGAGUCCUGCUCCCUCCCCUCAACCCAUGGAGUGCGAGAAAUUGUGGCGCCCCUGGUAAAGUGGCGGCAAGAUA